AUGUGGAAGGUAUUGAUCCCCGCUCUCUGCCUCGUCGUCCUGGCUAACGCCGGCGGCAUUGGCGCACGUGGUAUAAGUGGCGUUGGACUGGGCGGUCUCGGCGGUGUUGGACUCGGCGUUGGCCUCGGAGCUGGAGCUUAUGGUGGAGCGUACAGAGGAGGCUACGGAGGGUACGGCGGCGGCUACGGUGGUGGCUACCGAGGCGGCUACGUUGGGGGCUACGGGGGCCUCGUCGGAGGUGGACUCGGUGGCGUCGGCGGAUUCGGAGGUGGAUACUACGGAGGAGGCGGCCGCGGAUACUACGGUGGCGGAGGCUACAGGUCGUACGCUGAUGAGACGCCCAAGCCGUACAACUUCGGCUACGUAGCCCAGGGCCCCGACGGUACCAGCUCCCGCCAGGAGGUCGCCGACGGCAGCGGCAGCGUCCAGGGUGUUUACACCAUCAACACAGCCGAGGGCGGCCAGAGGACGGUCAAGUACGCUGCUGACGCUGCUGGAUUCCGUGCCAGUGUCGACACCAACGAGCCCGGCACUCAGAGUGAGAGCCCCGCUGACGUGGCUUUCCGGUCUGCUCAGCCACCCGCGUCCGAGCUGGCGGCCAAGUACGGCCCUGCCGGAGGAGCUGGUGGAUACAGGGCCCGUGGAUACGGAGGAGCCGGCUAUGGCGGAGUGUACGGUGGCGCCUACGGCGGUUACGGAAGCGGAUACGGUCUCGGUGGCCUCGGUGGUGUCGGCGGUGGCUACGGCGUUGGAGGAUACGGCGGUGGCGUAGGGGGACUGUAUGGCGGAGCUGGCGUCUUCCGCGGCGUCGGAGGGCACGGAAAGCAUGGCCACGGCUGGCAGUGAACAAGGAUUGUUGAAUA